UUUUAAGGACACAAGGCUGCUACAGCAGCAACAACAACCACGGCGUGGCUGCUGUUUUCAACGGAGUUGUUGUUGGCUGAAAAACUACAACUCCCAUGUAUUGCUUCGGCCUGACUGACCUUAGAUAAUCACUGGGCUUAUGUAGCCGUGUCCCAGUCUUGCCUCUGCUUUCCGAAUGCUGCGUUACGAAGUUGAGUGAGCUACUAGUUUGUUACUGUCUCUUUAUUUCCCAUAUCCACUGUUGUGAAGAAAGCGCUGCUCGCUCCACAGUCAAGACCCUCCACCUGAACCUUUAGGUCAAAGAUCAACGAGCAUGGCGACCCGGAGGGUGCUGGUGACUGGGUGCUCUUCUGGCAUUGGCUUGGCUGUGGCUGCACGGCUGGCCAAAGAUGAGCUUAGGCGGUUUAAAGUGGUGGCUACCAUGAGAGAUCUUGGGAAACGGGGACCCUUGGAGAAAGCAGCAGGCGAUUCCUUAAACAAAACCCUCGAAAUCAAAGAGUUGGAUGCCUGCUGUGAAACUUCCAUCAAAGAAUGUAUUAACAGCCUGCCCAACAGACGGGUGGAUGUUCUUGUAAACAAUGCUGGCGUUGGCAUGAUCGGGCCGCUGGAGUGCCAGAGUAUCGAUGCCAUGAAGGAGCUGUUUGACACAAAUUUCUUUGGCCUGGUGCGUCUGGUGAAAGAGGUGUUGCCGGACAUGAAGCAGCGACAGAGUGGCCACAUUGUGGUGAUGAGCAGUGUCAUGGGAAUACAGGGACUUCUGUUCAACGAUGUCUACUCUGCAUCCAAAUUUGCUGUGGAAGGAUUUUGUGAAAGUCUGGCAGUGCAAGCAAUGAAGUUUAACAUCAAGACAACUCUAGUGGAACCUGGCCCUGUGGUGACGGAGUUUGAAAGGAAAAUGUACGAAGGUGCUGAGAAGAUGGAUCUAUCAGGGACGGAUGAAGAGACUGCCAGGAUAUUCAGGGAACUUUACCUCCCAUACUCUAAAGAAGUCUUUACUUCUUUAAGUCAGACACCAGAGGAAGUGGCUCAGCAAACAGUUAACGUGAUCACGGCCAAGGACCCUCCUCUGCGUCACCAGACCAACAAAGUGUACAUGCCCAUGACUGCACUGAAGCAUGCAGAUCCAACUGGCCGACUGCCUCUGGACACAUUCUACAAGAUGAUCUUUAAACAUGACCGCGUGUUUAGUGCUACGCUGGGGGUUCUGCGCCUUCUGCAGAGGAGGGCAGGAAAGAAAUGAUUCUAUGAAUAUGAGGAUUCUAUUGUUGCACAGUUUAGAAGUACUAUUCACGUGAAGAUAAUUCUCGAGAGCGAUAGCUAUGACUUUAUUAUAUUAUAUUUUAUUAUAUUAUACUAUAUUACUUUAUUUAUAACAAAUAAAGGCGAUAUAUAGUUUCUUUCUGAGCAAAAGUGUUUAUCAUUUUAUCAGCACAGUAGUAACUGAAAAAGUUGUGUUUAUUACUAAUUUGUGUAAUAUUUAUGUACUUAACUGUCUACUAAGAUUUCUGUCAUACUCUUAAUUUUAAAUAAAACUAGAACUACUACACUGUAAUGAUGCUAACAAAAUCUAAACGCAAAACUAUUAAAACGAUGUACUUGAUUAUAUAAAUGACAUGCCUUUGAUUUAACCUUUUUGCAGAUAGAAUACAAGAGUUGAGUCGAUCUCAAAAUAAAUGUUGUGAAUGCAAAUAAUAAAAGAGCAAUGAUUUAACAUUUGAAA